AUGGCCGCCAUGAUGGACACCUCCGAAACAAACUCACAAGGUACACUUUAAGUUAGGUUAACUUAGGUUGUUUACUCGAAAUUUUCACCUUAUAUUCUAAUUUAAGACUUUUUUAUUUUUUCAUGACAAAGAAAUUGAAGAUCGGACACAGCUGAGGUUUCAAGUUGAACUGGAGUUUGUGCAAUGUCUGGCAAAUCCUCAUUAUUUGAAUUGUAAGUUUUCCUUUGUUAAACGAUAUCUUUGUUUGCCUUUUCCCUAGCUUCUUGAUCUUUGGUAUCAAACCAGAAAGAACUGUUGGCGAAAUUCAUUCAAAAUUUAGCGUAGAUAAUAUAUUUUGAGUACUUUUCUAGAUCUUUGUCUAUUAUUCAUUGAGAAUCGAAGAGACUGCCGGUAGUUGCAACCUUGAUUAUUGUACCCGAUUUGAGGCCAUAAUUGUAUAGUUUCCAACCUUUUCCUCGGACUAAAAUGCCUCAAAAAUCAUACCCUUCCAGGAAAAGUGUAUUUAUUUCAGUGUUUGGCUUAUGUAAUUAUUUGUAUAGGGGAGUAUGUUACUCACCUUCUCAGGGGUGAAACAGAGCUCUCUAGUUGAUUUACUGGCAAAGAGUAAGACGCCAUGGGCAUCUCCUACCUGGAAGGGUAUGGGAGCAUGCUCCCCCAGAAAAUUGGGAAAGAAAGGAGGAGAAGAAUUGUGGCUAAGAUGAGCAUUGCUUUAUUCUGAGUGAGAAGUUUCAUUGUUGAAACAUGCUCUAAGUGAGUACAAAGAGAAUCAGAAGUAAAUUUGGGAAGGAUAAGUAAUUUUUUAGGCACUUGAGCGGAAGUUUGUAUCAGAAACCUUAAAUGCGAGAAGUAAUGGCUUUAGCGAGAGAGCACAAGAUUGAAUUCCUUAGUGUGAAUCUUGCUCUCAUUGCAUGAGACCAAGAGAGCUCUGGGUGAAGAUAGCACUGAGUAAUGGCUUUUUAAAUUCAUCUUGGUCUAAACACCUCAUAAUUAGAAUAAGAAAUUUAUUGAGUCAUGUUUUCUACCCUUCUUUGUGGUGUAGAGCUUCCCUUUUUUUAAUCAAGUCAUUGCUUAGGGUUGCCUUCAUAUAUGAGAGGAGGGAAAAGAAUGUUGGGAGGUCCUCACACUAUCUUGAAUAUAAUUUAUUUUCUAUUAGUCACUUCUGAAAUCUUUUGCAGUUCUUGCUCAAAGAGGGUACUUUAAAGAACAGUCCUUCAUUAACUAUCUCAAAUAUCUGCUUUAUUGGAAGAAGCCAGAAUAUGCAAAAUUCUUAAAGUAAGUACUAUUUAAUGUAAAAGUUGUGGUGAUAAGUAGUAUAGGCAGUGUUAUUUGAUUAUAAUAAUUCAGACUUGUGUUUACUGUCACAACGAUAUGUAUCAACUUUGCCAAAAUUGGUUUUUCCCCUUUAUUGCGUUCUGCUCUAUUGGGUUACUAAGAUAAGCAGUAAUAUUUUCAGCCCCCUCCUCAGUGUUUUGUGAACCCGAAAAACAAAUCCCUAAAUUUAAGAAAUAUAUAUAUUUUUUUAACUUUUCUUGAGCACUGGAGAAAAAAAAAAGAAUUUCACUUUGACCUUUGCCUUGAAGAAAAUAAUAACAUCUUUAUUUCUUUGAUUGCUUUUUUCAAAAUGUAACAAGUUUCCGAAUAUUUUUUAAACUUUUUAUACAAUGACAUCAGUACACAUAUUCUCCAUACUGCUCUCAACACAUUUCCUAAGGUGCUGUCAAGGAGAAUUUGUUUAACAAUCAAGAGCUUCUUGAGUUAGUUUUCAUUUCCCUCAUUCUUGUAACUUUCAUGUGAUCCAGGGGUGAUAUUGUAAGGAGAAUUUAGAUGCUAGUCAUUCUUAGGGGUUGAAGGGUUAAAUAAAGAUGUCAUGGGUGUAUUUUUUUUAUGAGCAGAGGAGAAGAGAACUUUUCCAAAUCCCUCAGAUUCAGAGUGUUUCUUUGUCUCAUGCGGUCUAAAAAGAAUUAAUUAUAAUAUCUUUUUGUAUCUGAUGACUCUUCUCAAAAUUUACCAUCUUUCUCGUUUCUUUAAAUCCCAUUAUUCUUUUCAUUUACUCACAGAUAUCCCCAGUGUCUACAUUUCCUUGAGCUGCUCCAAUAUGAACAUUUUCGCAGAGAACUUGUAAACCCUGCCUGCGCAAAGUUCAUUGAUGAACAGCAAAUUCUCCAUUGGCAGUAUUAUUCCCGAAAAAGAAUGAAGAUCAAUUUACCAAAAUCAUCAGGCCAAACAGGCUCUACAGCUGAGGGUGAACCAUCAUGAAAUUGCAAAUUGUGCAGAAAGAAAUGUGGACAAGAUGUGUCUACAGAGAUGGCAAAUAAUUAAGAAAUCUGGGUGGGCUCAUUUAACACCAAGCUAAGCAGUAGCUCCUUCACAAUUUUCUUUUUUAUAAAAUACCCUUUGCUUAGUUCAUUGGCAGACAUCAAGGUCUCUGUAAUCUUAACAGGGUACAGGAGUAGGAUUUUCCUUUGACAAAGUUGUGCAAUGUAUAAUUUGCUCAAGCUUGAUCCUGACAACAACUUGGCAGAAGAUCAGGAGACUGAAUAUUUUGGUGAGCCAAUUGUAUACUGUGUCGGUCACAUUUUUUGGUAACAAAAAAUAGGGGAGUAUUCCAACCCCCAGCUCCACUGCCUAUGGUAUUUAGAACAUGCUCUACAAGAUCUCAAACCAGGA